GGGCUGCAUGAGGGGCCAGAUGGUGUGCGCUGAAAUCUGCUGCUACCCUCACUAUUUUUAACUUAUUUACUAAAUUCUUUAAACCCUAUAGCCAAAUUCUCUGGGUGGUUUCAAUAAAAGUAAAAACAAAAGCAUGUUCAGUACAGUAAAAUUCAAAAUAAAAACACCCAUAAACUAUGCAGCAGAAAGCUGGUCAGUCAAAGACUAAAACAAUAGAAAUUAAAAGGGGAUUAAAACAUACUUAAUACCCAGCUUAAAAGGCAGAGAAAAUGAAAAGGCUUCCACCUGAAGUGAAAACGAUGCUAGCAUGGAUGCCAGGCAAGCCUCUCUGAGGAAGAAGAAAUUCCAUUAAUGGACUUCCACCAGAGAAAAAUCUCUCCCUCUUGUAGAGGCCUAUCUUACCUCCUUUGGCGAUGAGAUCUGGAGGAGAACUUCAAUGGAAAAUUUUAAAGACUGCGUAGAUACAUAUGGGAAAUGGUGCUCCUGAUCCUAAAUUGUUUAACAAGUUGAAGAUCAAAAACAACACUUUGAACCUGAUCCAGAAAUGGACCUGCAGCCAGUAUGGAUAGCAAAGAACCAUCAUAAUCAAUUUAUUGACCAGUCCCAGGAAGCAAUCUAGCCACCAUAUUUUGAAUUAGAAUAUUUCUGAACUGUUUUCAAAGGUAGCCUGUUGUACAACACAAUAAUCCAAUCUGAAGUUACCUGAGGUGUGAGUCACUAUUGUGAGACUGUCUUUGUCCAGGUAAAGUUGCAAUUGAUAAAUCAUAAAUGGCACUCCGUGCCACUGGGCCAACCUGGAUCUGUAAUGAUAGUGAUGGACCUAGGAAUAUCCAUCCCUUUCAAAUUAUGAACAUGCUCCUUUAAAGGGCAGAUGCUUCCAGGAUAGGUAUGACAUCAGUUAGCUGAACCGAUGCAUCACUGACAAGCAAUGUUUCGGGGUUGCCUGGACUGAAUCCCAGUUUAUUGGCCUUCAUCCAUGUCCAUUAUCCUGUCCAAGGACUGAUUCAGAAUGCUGAAUCCCUCAUGUGCUUUAGAUGAAAAGGAGAAGUAGAACUAGGUGUCUUCUGCAUAUUGAUGUCACCUUAGCCCACUUCCCUGGAUGACCUCUGCCAGCCUGAAACUGGACUGAAAUGGAUCUAGAUGAAUCAGUCUCAAUCAAAAGAGCCUGAAGUGGAUGAGCCAGCAUCCAUUCAAGUACCUUGGUGAGAAAAGGAGUAUUGGCCACAGGCAUGUAAGUUUUCUUUCUCUGAGAUCAGAUUUGAAUUCUUUAGAAAUGAUUUAGAAAUUUUGGUUUCUGAACACAUCAUUAAACAAAGACAACCUGUGUAGUUGGGUAGCUGUAUGGUAAAAGGAUAAGAAACCCCAACAUUCCAUCUUCAACCAGCCUGAUGACCUUUGACAUUCCAUCUCCAUCUCCAUUCCAUCUUAACAACGGACUUCCCCAGCAUUGUUGCCACUCUUCAAGGGGCCAUUUUGCCUAACAAUUGAAAUAACUUCAGAUAUACAAAGACCUGCCUAGUUUCCCCUAAGCGGCCAGCAAAUCAGAUCCCUAGGAUUUCCUACCAUGUAGUUCUCAAACAUCUUUACUUUCUCAUUUUUCAGAAUUCCUCAUUUGUGGAAAACAGGCACCCAAUGACUGUUACAAUGAACAUGGUUCUUUCUCCUCUGUGUUGGGUUCUGAACUUCUGAAUUUUCCACAACAGUUAAUAUUUUGUCUGCUUUUGUGCUUCACAAAUGUAGCCUAUUAAAUCAUUCUUCUAUUUUGGAUUUUUUUUUCUUUGAUGCUCACUUUUAGGAGACUUUUAUAAGAAAUUAAGAUGUACCAAGGAGUCAUUCACUGCACUUAAUUGAAAAAAAAUAAACUUAGCUGGAAAAAUUAUUCUGAAUUUAACACACCCUGUCCCCAAAGGAAAACUAGACAGAAGAAAAAGAAGCAUUGCUUAGUAACAGCCGACCUUCAGGCAAAUCUUUAGAUACAUUCUUGCUUUUCAGCAGGGGUGUUUGCAGAUGUUUGCAUCAUUAACCCACGCCUUUCUUACCAACUGUUACUUCUAUUCUUAUUAGAAAAUGUUAAGAUUCUGCCUCAUUCUGCCUCAUUCCCAUCCCUUGCAUACCAAUCCAGAGGUAAUGGUUUGGAAUAUAAUAUUUUGGCUUCCUAUCAGGAUAAAUCAUGCUGUUUGUUCCAGUUUACUUAUUUUCAGAUGCACUUCACUUUCCCCAUCACAUUGGACAUUUUUUUCAAGUUUUUUUUUCUUAAUUUGAUGAUAGACCUCUACAAACUGAACAUAAUUUCAGAAUGACGAUAUCACACAGGAAUCUUGAAAAAUAUGAAAUUAACUUUGAAUGACAAUAAUGUAUUUAAUCACGUAAAGUUUUUGACAUGGUGCAUGAGUUCAACAGAGCUAAAAGUGUUUUGCUGCUGAAUUUCAUUUCUAUUCAAUCUCCAAUGCAUCUUGCUGCAGUGUCCAACAAUGAUCAGCCAGCAUUGAUGGAUUCCUGUUGCCCCAAUAUCAUUUCUUUUGUGUGGCAAUAUCCUGGUGAAACCUUUCACCAUGCUUGUCACUGAUAGCCUCUAGUAAGAAAUCCAAGUGUGAAUGCUGAAAAUGAAUCUUCAAUAACAUGUUGCACUAAAUGGUCUUGCAUGCUGUAAGAUGUUUGUCAACCGUGUGAAUGUAGCUUGAUGCUCUUUAGUUACCAAGAAAAUUGUCAACAACAUUCUUGAAUGUAAUUCUCUCUGGCCGCACAAACAGAUCUUCACACUGCUCAUCAUUGAUGAUGUACUGUAUCUGAUCUAUUGACCCACAAAAAUGCCCUCCUUAAUCUUGGCAUCAAUUAUUCUUGAAAACAUUUGUCCCAAAUAACAAAAACUUUUGUUUUUCAUCAAUCCAAGAUUUAUGUGAGCAGAAGCAAAAAUGUCUUUGUCACAUCAUCAAAUGGUUCAUGUGCCAUGUUUCUUCUGUCCCAGAACCAAAUUAUUUUGGGGUGGCCAUUUUUAAAAAAAUAUGUGACUCUCUUGCAUGUUUGUUCCAUUCGUCUAUGCAACAACAGUACUUGGUAUAUGCAAGUUGCAUUCUAUGCAGCAGAGGCACUACCUUUAGACCUCCAUAGAUAUUCUAGUUAUACUUGGUGUAUUGGAUGUGCUUUUACAGUAGUUCCAUGUUUUUGUAUAUUUCUUUCAUGCGUGCAGCAUAGCCAACAGUUACUGAAAGGUGUAUAUUGCCAUUGUGUAAAAAUAUGCAGAAGACUUCUAUAGAACAGUACAUGAUAAAUUAUAGGUUGCUUUCAUAAUUAGCAGCCAUAAACCUAUUACACCAAAAAGUGUUCAGGAAGCAAAAUCCUUAUUGUCCAGUAUUAUUUAUCCAUGACACAUGAAUGCAUAAUUCAACUUUUGUUUCACUUUUUUUUCUUUUGAUGACCCUUUAAUCCCUUUAUUCAGCGUGGAGUUGGGGCAACUGAAUGGAGGUGAGCAUUUAUUGGCCGGAUGCCCUUCCUGACGCCUUUAGUUUUUUUUUUUCUUCUGGUAUUACUAAGAAAUACAGGCAGUGAAAUCCAUUAUGAGAUCAUCAAUAUCCCUGGGCAUCAUUAGAAUUUUCUGUGCAGUUCAAUUUUGCUAGGAAAUCCAUGAUGCAUCGCAUUGUAAACCCACUAUUAAAACACAUUAUUCAUCGGAGUUCCCACGACGCUACAUCAAGAAAACUAUGUCUGCAGUAUUUAAAAAAUUUAAGAACUCUGCACCUUAAUGACUACAAGACUAUAUUUUUAGGUGAAACUGAUCUUUCUGAAAGUCUCAUAACAGGAGACAAGUUUCCUUAUGAAAAUAAUCUCAACUGGCCUAUGUGGACAGUUGUACAUGCUGGCAACAGCCAAGGAUGGGUACCCUGGAGAUACAGAGUAUAUCUAAGGGAUGAUUUACCCUUAGGGCAGCAGGACGACAUGUUUCAGGAAUUCUGUGACUUUCUCUCUAUUACUUAUGGGAAGUGUGCCAUUGUGGUCAAAGAGAAAAAACGCUUAAGGGUGAAGACUGAAGCAUCUAACCAGGAAGGGGACAUAAUCGAUCCUCAGGCCAUUUCUCACCCCUACUUGUUGAACAUCAAACAAUGCCCUGAAAUUGCCAAGGCUGCAGGUCACGAACUUCUUUCAGUGCCUUUUGAUUACAACUACUUGCAUCCUAUGGAUGCUGUCUGGUCAUCUUUGAAAUGGUUUAUUAUCAAUAACCGAAAAGACUUUUCUCUGACAUCCUUGGAAAGGACCUAUUCAUACCAGUGCAUCCUCUUCAGUGACCUGAUUGGGAAAGGAAUAGAGAAAACAAGCCCAACCAAAUGGAAAGUGGCUGUUAACAAAGUGCGGAGAUGGGAAAAUUACUAUUUGGAUAAGUUUUCCUGACAGCUUCCAGACAUUUGUCAAGUGAUCUUUGGUUGAAAACUGGCUAAUUCAUAUAUUAAACGUGCAUUUUCACUUUAUAAUUCUAGGUCAAUGAUAAUAAUAAAAAAUAGUUUUAAAACAACUUUUAGUGUUAUAGUAUUAGAUUCACAUGCCAUUUAAGUAGAUUAAUUUAAUUUUGUCAUUAUGUGGACAAACAGCUAUUUGUAAAUAUGUAGAUACUUUGAGGAUAGGAAAAAAGAAAAAUAAGAACAGUUAUUAAGAAAUUAAGAUUUCUUAAAUUAAAUU